AUGCUACCUUAUUUCCCAGACCAGGAGGAGAAAGUCAAACCGAUCGAUCAAAGCCCCACCGAUCAGCCGAUCCAAAAUCAAUUACGCUUGAACUCGAGGCUGCGGAAACUUGUACUUCUAUCGGUCCCCAGCUAUAUCUAUUUGAGCUGGGUAACGAGUUCAAUUUCGCCUCUGGAAAGAAUCGCGCUGCAAACUAUUCACUCCUUGAUUAUGCUUAAUUAUGCUGAAGAGUGGAAUACCAAGUCAGCUAAUGUCAAGUCUGCUGUACAGAAAGCCUGUCCUGGACCUCUCCCCGGGUUAUGGCGCCUAGCCUCGUUUUGCUGGAUUUCAUUACGGCACUUCCUGGACUGCCGAGGAAUUCUACAAUCUCUUGGACACGAUAAACAUAUCUGA